AUGAUAAUUAUUAUUGGCACAUUGAUUUUAUAAUCCGUUGUACUAGCAAUUUAUAAUGGAGUUACUGACUAAACAGAUAAUUACUAUUUGUUAAUAGAUUUACUAUUGAUAUUUGGAUGUUUCGGACAAAAAAUUUUAUUAAUUUUGCUUAUAGGGAGUGUAUGUCUAUCAAAUGAAUUAUUGGACGCAGAUGAAAAUAUAUUAGGUUUUUAUCUAAGUAUGAGAUUGUUAUUAAGCGCUUUCAUUUUACUUGACACAUAGAAAAUAAUAUAUUUUGUGUUUUGCUUCUUUUACAUCCUUUUUAGGAGUCAUUUUAGCUCGUAACCAUUGGCUUAUCUCACCAUAUUUGGAUAUUUGAUCAUGAUUCUGAGAUCCCUAUAUUUGAAGCAUAAAACCCCAAGCGAUGAGAAACAUCAGAUUGGCUAAAUCUUUGAUUUCUUCUAAGAAUCCCUUCCUAUAUCUGUUUGCAUCAUUUAAGAUGAGUGCAUGAUAUGA